CUAGUCGAUGAUUUCGUAAGUCGUGGUUACAGUCUGCCGGGAGUACCACCGGGAUUGUCAUGUUAUCAGCGAAGCAGUUGUAACAGUUUGCUUGAGAAUAGUGCAAGUGUGAUAGAAACGAUAGAUUUCGAAUGAUCUGGUAUUGCGCUUGCGAAGAAAGAUUUCUGCACUUGGCUAACGAGGAUCAUGUAUACCGUGUCAAAGGGCCCUAGUAAAAUCGUAGCGAAAACACGUCGAGGGAUCAAUCAGAAUUUGGAGAGGUUAGAAACACUGCGUGAUCUUACGAGGAAAACCGGUCCUGAGAAUAAUCACGAGAUCACCCGUCACAUACCAAAACCUGUUUUUCACAUGAAUGGGAAGUCAAAACUCACUUCGCAAAGGCAUCAGAUGCAAGAAGUUAUCACACCACAGCAUGAGGAACUUAUAAAAUUUGUUUAUGAAUCAUGGAAUCAAGUCAACAUACGACAAACAAAUGAAUGUUGUGAUGGCACAGAAUGUACACAACUUUGCAAUCCUAAUUCAAUAGUAUAUUACGAUGGUGAGCCAAAUGAUAGUCUUCAAGAUUUUAAACCAUUUGAUUUAGAAUCUUGGUGGGGUAAACGACUAUUCAAUAAUAUCACAAAGUCACUCUGAGACACUCAAAUAGUAACAAGUGUUUCUUCCUGAAGGUGCAGUGCUAGAUAGUAUACAACAGCAGCUGUGACAUACAAAAUAACCAGUGUCACUUUCGGAGUGUAAUUUAAACCUGAUCAGGUCUGAAAGUUAUUAUAAUGUCGAAUAUAACGUUCAAGAGUGAACUCGAUAUAUAUAUAUCGACUUCUAUCAAAUUAUUAAGAAAGGUCAUUGAAAUUACACGCAUAAAUAACGUCACAAAGUCACUAGGCAGUAAUAUAAAAUUCGAACAUACGUGACAGCUUCAAACGUGCACGCGUGUGCUAGAGUAGUCAAACACAUUGUUACCCGAAAAUAAUUUGAAUCAUUUAUAUACAUUUGUUAACGAUCUUUUUAUCAAAUAUAGAUAUUUCUUUAUUGUUGCUCUAUUGUUAGAAUUGCUCAAUUUUAAUAUCAUAGAGUGUUUUGACACUCUUGUACAGUGAGCUUCGUAACACUGGAGCAAGAUCGCAGAACUUUCAGUAGACAAUAAGGAAUAAUAUAAAAUAUAUAUAAUUGCAAGGCCAUCAUUAUUAGAAAAUAUUGAGUUUCGAUUAAGUUUUACAGUUACACCAAAGUUAGAAGGUGCAAGCUAAAAUAUACCAUACGAACUAAGUAGAGCUAAACGAAAAUUGCCCAAUUUCUCUUUCCACCAUGGUAUGAAUCCUCUGUGAGGUUAAAUUUUUAAUUAUAGAAUGUUGUACAUAUCGCUACAAUGAUCGCAUGAAUGCAUGAUAGUCUUACGUAUUACAAAUUAUAUCCGAAUACUACUCUUAUGUAAGCGAAGAUUUAGCAUAAAAACGUAGACUGAUAACAUUUAAGAAAAUUAAUAUACUGUUGCUCGCGGAAUUGUAGUCAAAUGCAAUUCGCGUUACAGAGUAUCAUCAAUUAAAUUGUUAUAUCAUGGCUGGUUAAAUUGUUUCUACCGCCGUUGUGUUAUAUAUUUUCGUCAAACUAUUAUACAUUAGAUAACAUAUAUGUGAACCUUCGUCGAUCAUUUAAAACCGUUAUGAUCCAUGUCCAUGUAUGUAACAGAAAACAAUUUGCAACAGUAGUUGAAAUGUAGUACAAUGAAAUUUGGCUAAAUGUGGCUGAAUUACAUCAUUAAUAAAUAUUUCUUUAUACAUGUAUGUGAUAUUCUUC